AGGGGUUCAGUAUAUACUCCUAGACGUUUGUGUACUCCAGAGUCCGACUUCUUAUCACGCCACUAUCAUCAACAUCAAUGGAUGCAGGUACUCAACAACAGCCAUCGAUCUCGAGCCGACAAUAUGACGACGAAGGAAAUGGCGAGGAAGAUGAGCACCGAUUUGCUCUGGAACCUCUGAUCAGGGAACGUGGCGUUGAUGAGUUUGUCGAGCUCAUGAAGCUCAAGCGCAAGGGAUGGGAAGCAGAGUCUCUUGAUCACCAUUUCCAACAACAAAGGAUAGUGGCCGAUAACUCUGGGGAGAAAGAGACACGAAUUUGGUUCAUAAGAAUGAGAGGCGUUCUCAGUGAAAUCAACGAUGCAUCAAGAUGUAUACCAGCUAAAAGGGAGAUGUCAUUUUUAGAUGUAGGAUGUUGUCCUGGCGGUUUUACGUCGUACAUUAUGAGCACUAACCGGAGAGCAACUGGUGUAGGGAUUUCUCUGGAAGUAGAGAGUGGCGGACACGAAUCCAUCAUUUCGCCGAAGCUUAUGAAGAAGUUCCACAUCAUCUAUGCCGACCUCACUUACUUUCGGUUUACUUCCACACAUUAUGAGGAUGAACGCUUGAGAGAUAUACCCAAUUGCAUUCGAGAACAACGUUACGACCUUAUCCUUUUGGACGCUCAUCAUCUCCGCAAGCAAGCAAAAAACGUAGGCUGGAAUUAUCAUCGCUUGCAAAUUGCGCAGCUUAUCAUUGCCUUGAUGGCCAUUGGCGAUAACGGUACCAUCGUCAUGAAACUUUCCAACCCACAUCGCGACUUCCCUGCCCAAAUGCUUUACAUGCUCGAUGUGCUCUCGCUCAAUCUGAUAUUGUGCAAGCCAACUUCGAUGCAUGGUAAUCGGGGCACAUUCUAUGCCAUCGCCAAAGGCUUUGGCCUUGGCUCACAGUGUACACGUUCUGACGUCUUUUUGAAAGGCUUGCAAGAAUUGUGGGUUCAACUCACCUUUGGUGGCGAGGAAGGGAAGGGUAGAUAUAUGAAACGCGGAGAUCUGGAUUUCGUCGUCACGAUGGAAUGUCUCGCCGAGCAUUACGUUGACCGACUCGUGGACUUGUGUAGAGGUGUUUGGGCCGUGCAGGCGGAAGCUCUGAGGAACAUGUUUAGGAGGAAGGGAAUCUCAGUAUGAAAACUGAGACCAUGGCCAUUGACGAAGCCCUUUCACUGAAUAUUUUCUUGGUUGUUACCCUUUCAACCAGUGACUUACUAGCUAUAGGUUUGUUUUGCGAGAUAUGAUCACAUGGAAUA